AACAAAGCGUACCAUGUUCUGGGCAAGCGGGUUUUAGCUGUCAAGGUAAUUCCUCUGGACAUCACGGUGGAAUUACAGAAGCAGAUCAUGUCAGAAUUAGAAAUUCUCUACAAGUGUGAUUCGCCGUAUAUCAUCACUUUCUUCAGUGCCUUUUUUGUAGAGAACAGGAUAUCCAUAUGCACAGAAUUUAUGGACGGUGGUUCUCUAGACGUGUACAAAAGAAUUCCAGAGCAUGUGCUGGGGAGGAUCGCAGUAGCAGUAGUCAAAGGGCUGACGUAUCUGUGGAGCCUGAAGAUACUUCACAGAGAUGUCAAGCCUUCCAAUAUGCUGGUGAACACCCGAGGACAAGUCAAGCUCUGUGACUUUGGUGUCAGCACACAGUUGGCGCUAGGCAUGUUCCCCUAUCCACAGAUUCAGAAAAACCAAGGAUCCCUAAUGCCUCUCCAGUUACUGCAAUGCAUCGUUGAUGAGGAUCCUCCAGUGUUUCCUGUGGGCCAGUUCAGUGAGAAGUUUGUUCACUUCAUCACUCAGUGCAUGCGACGGCAACCCAAAGAGAGGCCUGCCCCCAAUAACCUCAUGGAGCAUUCCUUCAUCACACAGUUUAACGACGGUAAUGCGGAGGUGGUGUCGAUGUGGGUGUGUCGGUGCCUGGAGGAGAGGCGAGCUCAGCAGGGUCUCUGACGUCCUCCUGCUAUCUCCCCACAAUGCACCAGGGCGUCUGAUCCCAAACCUUCAACACUUACAGAAGGCUUCAGGAUCACGUACGUCCAAAUGGACUGUACAAGUGACUCAUGGACUAAAAAUGACUAGCUGUUACAAACUUUCUGUGAGUAAUUCUCUAUUUAACAGCACUCAUGCGCUGGGACAAUGAGGAGCUUCUUUGACUCUUAUCUCUGCAUUUAAAAAAAGUGCAGCAUCUGCAGCUUUGCCCCCACCUUUUUUGGGAGUAAGACAGUCUGAUGGAUGGAGAAAACGGUUAGAUUUAAAGGAUCAGCGACAACCUUCAAAUGCAUGAGACUGCAAUAGGCCGGCAGAGUAAUGCCCUGAUUCUGGGAUGGUAUCUCAAAUGACCCUCUCGUGCUUUACUGUUGAGCCCUCUAGUGAAUGUUAAGGUUUCUGCCUGUGAGUAACGGCCCGUGUGUGUGCCUGGCUUCCCACUGGUGUCAUUUAUUACCUCAGAAAACUUAGGUUGUCACUAAAAUAGCAAAACGUAACCUGUUUUUAAUGCUUCCACUAGAAUGUUGGUAUCCAGUUAUUCCCUAAUCUUGUAAGGUCGGAGCAUUACGUGGACACAAAGUUCUGUCUCUGUCCUAAAGGGGGGUUAAGUGCACAACAAACCGGCACAAUCAAUGAGAUUUUAGCAGCUCUGAGGUGUUGGAAUGCAAUGAAAUGUUAACAUCCAUCUUUAAUUGGUUUUCAGGCUUACUAACCAAACAACUAAUUGUUCUCAUUUAUUAACAGGAACCAGGCUCUCUCUCUGUUUAGACACAUUUUGAUGUUCUUUUAUCUCUGUUUGCACAAACAAGCCUGACAUUGAAUGCCACUGAACAAACUACUUGAGAGUGAAUUGUGCUGAAGCAGUUUUCCACGUUUAUUCACCAGCUUUUAUAUUAUUAGAAUCCAUUAAGAAUAAGAGAAACUAUACACAAAAGCAGAAAAUGUAACAGACACCAUAUCUCUUCUUCUCCUCGCUGUAUAAACCAACACCUUUUGUUCAUUUAAAUUAUUGUUUCAUCCCGCUUUCUAACCAGUAAAUCCUUACUUUAGCAACAUAUGUCACGUGCUGAACAGAAAGUAUGCUAUUUUAUUGAAUUGCCAAAUGAGAUUAGUUAAUAUACUAUCAAGGGAAACGUUUAAUGGAGUGCACUUAACACCAAAGACCACUGAGGACCCAAAAGGUGAAAUAUACCUUGUGUUUCUUUAGUGACUUAAAGGUGGGGUAUGUAAUUUUGGAGAAACCAGCUUGAGUGCGCUAGAAUUUGAAAAUACACAGC